AUGGCCAGUGAAUUCAGCUCCCACAGAUGCUCUUCUUCUUCCUCUUUCUCUUCGUCUUCUUCGCAACUCCUUGCGAAGCCUAAAGCCAACAGGGUGUUCCUUGUUGACACAUUGGCCUUGGUGAAAAGCUUGGAGGUGCAAGGUCUCCCCACAAAGCAAGCAGAAGCCGUUACCUCUGCCAUCACAGAAGUCCUCAACGAUACUCUGGAGAGAGUGGCUCAGUCCUAUUCCCCAAAGGAGGAAGUGCACAAGAAUCAGUUGAUCCAAGAUGCCAAUCUCUCGAAGUUCAAAUCGUUCAUAGAAAGCUCCCAAGAGCACCAUUUCUCUUCCCUGCAAAGAGAAGCCGAAAAGCUUCAGGUUGCCAUGGAAAAGAUGGGCAGUGAGCUCAGGUAUGAGAUCGACAAACUUGCUGCCGGACAACGUUUGGAUCUAAACCUCGAGAGGGGGCAGAUGCGAGAUGAACUAGCAAAGCAGAAUGCCGAAACUACUCUUUUCACCACCAAGCUUGACAGGGAAAUUCACACAUUGAGAGCACAAUUAGAAGCUGCAAAGUAUGAUGUGAUAAAAUACUGCAUGGGAACACUAGUUUCUAUCUCUGCUGCUGGCCUAGCAGUCGUGCGCAUUUUGUUGUAA